AUGGUGCGCGAAGAACGUCGGCAGAGUCCGAACCUUAUCGGGCGCGCACCGCUCCACCUCGGCCCCGCGACCCACGCCGGGCCCGCUGCACCGCGACAGAGAGAGAGAGAAUUUCACUCGGCCGCCGCAGCGUGUCCCGCUCCUGGCUGCACUAUCCCGAGUCGCGACUGCAGCGGCUGCUACGCUCGUCUUGCUCGUCCGCUCGUCGGCCCGAUUCGCCCAUCGAUUGUACAUAUGCCGCAGGUUGAUAUUGGGUUCAAGUUCAAUGAGCGGGACGACGACCCGCGUGACGUCACGCUCGUCUGCCGCCGAAAGCUUCCGGCCCGGGUCCGGCGGCCGGAGCAUUUGCAUCUCGGUCGACGGAGGAAGCCGGCGCAGGUGGGAGGCCGAGUGCAGGAGGAGAGGGCCGCGGGGGGCAGGGGGCGGCCGGAGCGCGAUUGGCGGAGCGGGCCCCGCCCCGCGCGUCCCCCGCCGCCCCCGCACCUCGCGAAAAAACUCGGGAAAAAAGCGAGGAGCGCGCGGCAGUGCUUCUCGGACGAGCUCAGUGGGUGGACGCGACGAGUGCGCGCGCUAGAGACGGCGCGACCCAGGACCGGCGGCCGCGGCCGCGACAUGCCCGCGCUGGCCCUGCGCGACCAGCCGCUCGACUGCUCCAUGCGCCUGCGCGACGCGCCACCCUGCCCGCCUUGCCCGCCCUGGCCGCCGCACGCCCACGGUCAGUCUCUCGCCGUCCACCGCCUCGGAGGCGCUAGUGUCUAG